ACAUGCGGAUCAAUGUAGUCGUGUUGGUUGUUGCUUUCGUUGGAUUGUUUUUUACUGACAUCUGCGUAGGUUUAUAACAACUUACAUUUUCGCAUAAUUUCUUACAUUUUUUUUUUUAGAUGGCAGUCAUUUUUAAGAUGACAAACUAUGUGUGUGAAAGUUAUAAUAAAUCGUGGUUCGUGUUCCAUAAUUGUCGCCUGAAGGCCAUAAAUCGAAACAAGGUUAUACUUAAUACGAACGGAACCAUUUUGCAUCCCGCUUAUGAUAUACAAGUUCAUGGUAAAGUUUAUAAAAGAGAAAGUGGUUUUAAGCCCUGGCUGCUUGAGAGAAAAAUAGACGCUUGUCGUUUUAUGAGGGGAAACUAUGAUCAUUUCGCAAAAAUAGUCUACAGUCUUUUUCAACCGUUUACCAAUAUAAACCACACGUGUCCCUAUGUGGGACUACAGAUUGUCCAAGGAUUUUACCUAAAGCCCGAACUCUUACUUCUACCUUUCCCUACAGGCCAAUAUAUGCUGGCCCUAAGAUGGUAUUUUGACAAGAAACUGCAGUUUGACACAAACGUUACCUUUUUGUUUGUAGAAGAUUUUGGGAAAUCCAAAUGA